UCCAGGACGCGCCGUGUGUAACAUCGCCCGGCCACGACUCCCACUGCCUCGCAACGCAAUUGGCUGCUGAGAGCCCUCAAAUCUUACCAGGUGCCGCAGGCGGGCGGUCUAGCAGCGGCAUUUCAGGUCCUGGAGACAUAGGGCUCACGGCCAUUGGGCGUGUCCGGGCAUAAACAAAACCAGGCUGCGGCUUCGUUCGAGGCCACGUCGAUCCUGGAGGUGCCCUCUUUGCGAGGUACAGAGGAAGCGGCAUCAUGCGUCCUCAGCCCGCGAGACGAGUAGGCUUGAGCGUCCGCAACGCGCCGCAGCCGCUGCUCAACGAUGACGACGAAGAAGAAGAAGAAGAUAUAACCGCGCCACCUCUCGCGUCUAGCGACCUCGAAAACAACGACGAUGACGACAACGACGACGAGAAUGCUGAACACACAGAGACCCAAGCUGAGCUCGACGAUCUCCUUGGCGAUAGCUCGGACUCAGAUGGUCCUGUUAGUCGAGGCGCCAUCAAGCCUACCAUUUUCAAACUUCAAGGCCGAGAAGGUGGAAGACGAGACCGUCAAUCUGCAGGCCAAGACACAAACACAGAGCCGGAAUCCGAGGAGGAGGCACAGGCGGGAAGUAGGAAGAGGAAGAGGAACCACCUCACCGACGACCUCGGCUUCACGAAGCAGGCCAAGCCCAAUGUUCUUCCUCCUCACCCGCUCCCUGGCCCUGGCCAAUCGGUCCGGAAAAGUUCCCAGUUCAUCGUGGACGGUAGCCCUGAGCCUUCUCCUAUCCGACCACUGAGACGCUUACUACAUUAUCCGCCAAAGAGCAGAUUUGACACCGCAGACGAUGACGAUACCCCUGCUCUCAGCUUCAACAACCCAAAAGACCUCCCAGAUGAAGCCGACGACUUUGCUACCAAUUUCAAUUCGAAACUCAAGAAGAAGGCCAACCCUUUGCUUCCUAGAAAGAAGCCGAUAGGCGGAAGGAAGAAGAAGAAGGCCGACGACGACGACGAAGAAGAAGCAGCAGCAGCAGAAGAAGAGCUAAACAGCAGCAGCAGCAGCUCCCUCAGCUCCCUCGGCUCCGUCUUCUCCAGGGACAGCGAAAAGGACACGAGCGCCCCGUGCCCCUGGUGCGGCGCAGCCGUCGACUCCAAGCAGCUCGCCGACUUCUCAAAGGGCAAGCGCCUCAACGUCGAGCGCCAGCAGAGGUUCUGCACCUCGCACAAGCAGAAGUCGGCCAUGGCGACCUGGGAAUCCAAGGCAUACCCGCAGGUCGAAUGGGGCCCCGAGCUCGAGGCCCGCUUCGCCAAGCACCGCGACCACCUGCUGGCCAUCAUCAACGGCGGCGCCUCGCACUACCGCGCCGCCCUCGCGGACAAGAUCGAGCUCGGCCAGGAGCGCACCGCCAAGAAGCAGGGCAACAUGAUCCCGGGCUACUACGGCCCGCGCGGCUUCAACGCCAUGACGGACUACCUCGUCCGCGAGUUCAGCGACAUGCUCAUGAAGAAGGCCGCCCGCGACAAGGUCAUUGCCGGUAGGGGCGUGCCCAUGUUCAUCGAGUCGGUGCUCGUGGCCGAGCUGGGCGUGCGGCUCAUCAUGGAGGACAUGCGCGUCUCGCCGGAGAAGGCGAGGCGGAUCCUUGAAGAGACCAAGGACCUGGGAGGCUUGGUGCAUCCGGAGGUGCGUUGA